AAGAUGACACGAGGCAAGCUCAUAGUGUUCGAAGGACUUGAUCGCGCCGGAAAAUCAACGCAGUGUCAAAAGCUCGUCGAGAAUCUUCAGAAAGAUGGCGUGAAGGUCAGACACAUGCGGUUCCCUGACAGAACAACACCGAUAGGUCAGAUGAUCAAUAGCUAUUUGGCUGGUUAUAGCGAGCAAGAGGAUCAUGUCAUUCAUCUUUUGUUCUCUGCGAAUCGGUGGGAAGCUGCACCAUCUAUUCAAGCUGACCUUGCCGCCGGCACCACCGUCAUCAUAGACCGCUACUAUUACUCUGGCUGCGUCUAUUCCGCCGCCAAGCACAAUCCCAGCUUGAGUCUCGAGUGGGCUCGUCAUCCCGAUGUUGGUCUUCCACGUCCUGAUCUGUGUAUCUUCCUCGACAUCUCUGCCGAAGAUGCAACGAUGAGAGGCGGAUAUGGUACUGAAAAGUACGAGAAGAAGGAAAUGCAAGACUGGGUACGCGUGUUGUUUGAGUCGCUGAUGGAGAGGAAGGAGGGAGGUGACUUUGUGAGGAUCGAUGCGGGUGGGAGCUUGGAGGAGGUACAGGCCAAGGUCCGCGAAGAGGUCGAUCUAUGUAUGGAGCAGGUUGUUGGGAGGGAGUUGCCGUUGAGGUUUGUCGAGGACUGGUGAAGAGGUAUCAAGUAUGGGUUGGUUUGGAAGACUUUUCUUCGUCAUCGUCUACAUCUAGCAUCCAUGUUUCGUCAAGAUCUUCGUCAUCUUCACUCAGUUCCAGUGUCUCCCCCGCUUCCGUUUCCGAGACAUUGUCCGCGCCCUUCCGUUUUCGCUUGGGUUUGAACAUGGCUUCGAUCUCUGCUUGACCGUGGGUUCGUAGACUGAGUUCUUUCAUAAUGGUCACCCACUUGAGGGGAUUGCGACAUCCAGGGCAUUUGCCUUCUAUGGGAACUAGGGCAUCUUGAUUUCCUUCUUCUGCGAGAAACUUCUUAGACAGACAACUCAGGUGCGAGAUUGUCUGGCACGAUUCGAUCGGACAGAUCAGAAUGAGCGAAGUACUCGCGUCUGCUUCUGUCUUGCACACGCCACAAAGCUGCGUCUGCUCAUCUUCCAAC